AUGCCUCCCAUUACGAGGGCCUACACUACAGCAUGUGUCCUCACCACAAUUGCAGUGAAACUGGACAUUAUAACACCAUUCCAGUUAUAUUUCAAUCCAGAUUUGAUUUUUAAGAAAUAUCAUAUCUGGCGGCUUGUUACAAACUUCAUGUAUUUUGGACCAAUAGGAUUUAAUUUUAUUUUUAAUAUAAUCUUUGCCUAUCGUUAUUGUCGUAUGCUGGAAGAAGGUUCCUUUCGUGGCCGCACAUCUGAUUUCUUUUUCAUGUUCCUCUUUGGAGGUUUUAUCAUGAUUCUCAUCACCAUCCUCAUAGGUAAUAUUGCUUUCCUUGGUAAUGCUUUCACCAUAAUGCUUGUGUACAUUUGGAGCCGAAGAAAUCCCUAUGUUAGGAUGAACUUCUUUGGACUGCUCAACUUUCAGGCUCCAUAUCUACCUUGGGUGUUGCUUGCUUUCUCUCUACUGCUGGGUAACUCUGUUGCUGUUGAUCUCAUGGGAAUCCUUGUCGGCCAUUUGUAUUAUUACCUUGAAGAUGUUUUUCCCCACCAAGUGGGUGGGUUCAAGAUUUUGCGAACUCCACAAUUCCUCAAAACCAUAAUGGAUGCAGCCCCAGAGGAUCCCAACUAUCAGCCACUCCCUGAAGACCGACCUGGAGGAUUUAAUUGGGGCAACCAACCUCAAUGA